AGCACCUCACAGCCCCACACUUCCCAGGAAUCCUCCUCCCACUUUACGUCAUCCAGGAAACUGGUGCCGAGGCUAUAGCCACUUCAUUGCACAGUGUUUAAUCAAGGACUUUGAGAAACGGCCAUCAGUCACCCAUCUUCUGGAGCACCCCUUUAUUAAACAGGCACACAGUAAAGUUAUGACUCUUCAAGCUCAGCUGGCACAGCACAUCCGGGAGCAGCAGGAGUCGGGCUGCACAGGCAGAGCUAAACACGAGCAAAUCAACAGCAGGAAAACUCUCAAAGAACAUCUGGUGGAAAGUUGCCCGGAUGAUGACCUGGUCAACCUUGAAGUUUUAGAUGAGGAAUCUAUUAUUGCCCAUUUGCAGAAGAGGUAUGCUGAUAUUCAGAUCUACACAUAUGUGGGAGAUAUUCUCAUUGCCUUGAACCCUUUCCAGAAUCUCAACAUCUACUCUCCCCAGUUUUCAACAUUGUACCAUGGAGUAAGGAGAUCAUCCAAUCCGCCUCACAUUUUUGCGACUGCUGAUGCUGCCUACCAAGGAAUGGUUACCUUUAGCAAAGACCAGUGCAUCAUCAUCAGUGGUGAAAGUGGUGCUGGAAAAACAGAAAGCGCUCAUUUAAUCGUUCAACAUUUAACCUUCCUUGGAAAGGCCAACAAUCGAACAUUACGAGAAAAGAUUCUGCAAGUCAACCCCCUGGUAGAAGCAUUUGGUAAUGCCUGCACAGCCAUAAAUGACAAUUCAAGCCGCUUUGGAAAGUACCUGGAGAUGAAGUUCUCACCAACAGGAGCAGUAAUGGGGGCCAAGAUUUCAGAGUACUUGUUGGAAAAAUCCAGAGUUAUAAAGCAAGCACCGGCAGAAAAGAAUUUUCACAUCUUCUAUUACAUCUAUGCUGGCCUUUAUCAUCAGAAUCAGCUGCCCGAGUUUAGACUCCCAGAGAAGAUUCCUCCAAGGUAUAUUGACAAUGAAAAUGGAAACGUAAUGCAGGACAUCAUCACAAACAAAGUGUACAAAGACCAGUUUAAAGCCAUUCAGCACUGUUUUAGGAUCAUUGGCUUUACAGAAGAGGAGGUUAACUCGGUGUACAGAAUUCUUGCUGCUAUCCUAAACACUGGAAACAUUGAAUUUGCCUCCAUUACUUCACAGCAUCAGGCAGAUAAAAGUGAAGUCCCAAAUGCUGAAGCUUUACAUAACGCUGCUGACCUCCUGAGCAUUGGUGCCGAGGAGCUUCAGGAAGCCUUAACAUCUCACUGUGUGGUGACACGUGGAGAAACCAUCAUUCGCACAAAUACAGUUGCCAAAGCGGCCGAUGUAAGGGAUGCCAUGUCCAAGGCUCUUUACGGGCGACUUUUCAGUUGGAUAGUGAAUCGCAUUAAUUCACUUUUGCAGCCGGACAAAAACAUAUGCACUCCAGAAAGUGGGAUGAAUGUCGGCAUAUUGGACAUCUUUGGAUUUGAGAACUUUCAGAAGAAUUCAUUUGAGCAGCUGUGCAUCAAUAUUGCAAAUGAGCAAAUCCAGUUCUAUUUUAAUCAGCACAUUUUUGCUCUGGAACAGGUUGAAUAUCAGAAUGAAGAAAUCGAUGCCAGCUUGGUGGAAUAUGAGGAUAAUCGGCCCAUCCUGGACAUGUUUCUUCAGAAACCUAUGGGGCUUCUGUCCCUCUUAGAUGAAGAAAGUCGGUUUCCACAAGCAACAGAUCAGACUUUAGUAGAUAAAUUUGAAGACAACCUGCGGUACAAGUACUUUUGGAGGCCAAAACGAGUGGAACUUUGCUUUGGAAUUCAGCAUUAUGCGGGAAAGGUUUUAUACAAUGCAGAGGGAUUUCUGGAAAAAAAUCGCGACACUCUUCCUGCCGAUAUUAUGGUGGUUUUGAGGAUGUCUGAAAACAAACUUUUGCAGCAGCUAUUUUCAAGCCCCCUGACGAAAACAGGUAAUCUGGCAACAUCAAGAGCAAGGAUUACUGCGGCUUCAAAGUCGCUGCCCCCUCAGCUUGGCACAGGACGCAAUAAGUCUUCGAGAUGCCUCUCAAAGGUGGACACAAUGGAGAUAAUGCAUCAUCCUGAAGAAACAACAAAUAUGCGUAGGCAGACAGUUGCCUCCUACUUCAGGUAUUCUCUGAUGGAUCUUUUGUCUAAAAUGGUAGUUGGGACUCCUCACUUUGUAAGGUGCAUAAAACCCAAUGACGAUCGACAGGCACUGAAGUUUUCUAGAGAGAGGGUGCUGAUUCAGCUACGCUACACUGGCAUUCUGGAGACGGUCAACAUCAGGAGACAAGGUUAUUCCCAUCGCAUACUCUUCGAAGAAUUUGUUAGAAGGUAUUAUUACCUUGCCUUCAGGGCACACCAGAUGCCUGCUACUACUAAAGAAAAUUGUAUUGCCAUUCUGGAGAAAGCAAGACUAGACAAGUGGGUCCUUGGAAAAACAAAGGUUUUCCUCAAAUAUUACCACAUUGAACAGCUGAAUUUGCUUCUUCGAGAAGUCAUCGCCAGGGUUGUUGUGAUGCAGGCUUACACAAAGGGUUGGCUCGGCGCUCGAAGAUACAGAAAAGAUAGAGAGAAACGAACUCGGUGUGCCAUCAUCAUUCAGUCAGCCUGGAGGGGACAUGUCGCUCGCCUUUCGCACCGGCAGAUUAAAAGGCAGAGAGAAGAGGCAGCUAUUUGUAUUCAAGCAGCUAUUCGGGGGCACCUUGCUCGGAAAAAUUACAACUUGCUCAAGCAAAGCACAAACUCACAUUCGUCAUUUGAGGUGGACAACUUCUGUGGAUCUCAUCAAGAAACCAUUAUGCAGCAAGACCAAAAUUUCAACUUUAUCUCCAUGGAGCAAAAGCGAAACCUUAGUGAAAAGGUGUCCUUUGACUGCCGCAAUGGGCAGGUCAAAGAGAGAGGCAAAAAGAAUAAAGGAACGGAAGAGAGCAAGAUGGCCAGUUACUCAAUAAUUGAUUGCCGAGAGCCUCCCAGCAAACAAGGUUCAGUGAAAGAGACGCGGCUGAAGCAACAGAGAACACCCCGGCGACGUUGCCAGCAGCCUAAAGUGCUCAACAGCCCGGAGGACAGCCUGUACUAUAACCAGCUAAAUAGAACUCUGGAUUACCAAGGGAGCAAGAGGAAGCCAAGAAAACUCGGCCAAAUUAAAGUACUGGAUGGAGAAGACGAGUACUAUAGACUGCUGUCAGUCGUUGAAUGCGUCUCUGAGGAAGAGAAUCCGCCCAGUCCUUCUCCACCCACUCUCACAAUGGGACCAGUUGUUGCUCAAAGCUAAGUCUGGCUUGGAUGUAAGUGGCUGGUGCAAGUUUGUUCAAGUUUCUUUUAUUUUCUGUUAUUUUUUAAGAGGAGUGAAAUAUGUACAGAUCACUUAUUCAUUAUGGUUGUGCUAAUUAAAAAAAAUCAUCCUUCAUCAC